AUGACUCCCAGAAUCUUCGUUACUGGCGCCGCCGGCUACAUCGGUGGUCACACCACCGGAGCCCUCAUCGCCGCUCAUCCCGAGUACCAAAUUGUGACACUCGUCCGGAAUGAAGAGCAAGCUGCAAAGCUUCAGUCUCACUGGCCGACGAUCAUCACCGUCGUGGGAACUCUCGAUGAUGACAAGCUGAUCAAGGAGGAGAGCGCCAAGGCCAAUGUGGUUCUGCAACUCGCAAGCUCUGACCACAUUCCCGUCGUGAACUCUGCCAUCGCCGGACUAGCAAUUGGCGGUGGUAAAUUGAUCCACAUUUCCGGAACUGGUGUUCUCAAUGACAUGUCGACUGGCGCCGGUAACCCAGCGCCCCGAGUGUACGAUGAUGUGGAAGAUCUCAAGGAUAUCACCUCGCUUCCCGAGACUGCUUUCCAUCGUGAUGUCGAUGAUGCUGUUCUGACCGGUGGAGCUAAGCACGGCGUUCCCACUGCCAUUGUCUGCCCUCCCCUCAUCUACGGUGUGGGCCAGGGUCCGAUCAAGAAGCGGAGCAUGCAGAUUCCUUUCCUCGGCGAGGCAAUUUUGAAGCGGGGACGCGGUUUCACUGUUGGUGAGGGCAAGAAUAUCUGGGAUCAUAUCUACAUCGGAGACUUGGCGAAGGCUUUUAUCCUUUUGAUUGAAGAGGCGCUCAAGCCGCAAGGUGGAUCUGCUCAGUGGGGCUCGGAAGGAUAUUACUUUGCUGAGUCGGGCGAGUUCGCUUGGAAGGACGUCGCUGAGAAGAUCUCACAAAUUGCCAAGGAACUUGGAAACAUUGAUAGCGCUGAUGUCGAUCAAUUAUCCGUUGAGGAGGCUAGCAAGUUUCACCCUUGGGCCCCGGUCCUGUGGGGAGGCAACUGCCGCAGCAGAGCGACACGCCUGCAAUCACUCGGUUGGAAGCCUCAGGGCCCCACUGUUUGGGAGGCUCUUCCCGCUAUGGUCAAGGCUGAAGCGGAUGCACUCGCAAAGUGA